AUGCCUCUUUCCCGAUACAUAAACUUUCAGGGGUUUACUACACCGCUGCCAAACAUCGUCGUCUCCCCACUCGAACUUGGACCGUCGAAGCUUAAAUCAAUACUGGGCUACAAUUAUCUCUUCACACACAGAAAGAAAACCAUGCGGCGAGCACGGGAAGAAAUAAUUCUAUUCCUGGAAAAUCCCAAUCCGACAACUGAAUCAUUUGCCUCGUGCAGUUUGGCCACGCGCACUGCGCCUGAUCUGGGCCCCAAAGGACCGAUCGUACGGCCCAAAGGUCGGAUGAGCAUUAGGAUAGUCGCUGGUACAGGUGUACUGCCACCGCAUUACACACAAAACAACACGUCUAUCCUGGCGCGUAAUCUGAUCCCCGGCGCAACUGGCCCCAGUGACGGAAGUUACCAAGUCUUUGAUGGCGCCCGGGACAACGGCGAGGGAACCUAUCCGCAACACUUCACCACGGUAUCGUUUCCUGAGAAUGUGCCAACGCAACCUGCACCAUUAUCGGCUAGGCCGAUGCAGCCACCGCCCUUGAUACAACAGUCGUUGUCAGGCAGGACGCAGACUCAGUUCGAGGCUGCUGGAUAUGUUCAACCACCAGAAUUUCAGCAUCAAAGGCGCCUAUCGUCGGUCCCCAAUCUGAAUACUGUCAAACUGGAACCUUCCAGGCACACUGUUGGAUCCGGAUCUUCCGUAACCGAGACUAGAGUUUCUGGUCAAAUCAUCGCGCCUAUUACCCCCAACAUCACACCACCCGAGGGGCUAGGUAGUGCAAUUCAACCAUCCAAACCUCCUGAAGCUCUGUUUCCUCCUCCGGCGCCAUUACUCCCUAGGCGGCGGCGACCCCGGAAGCCCCGGCCCAAGCCUCAGUUGACCCAAGAGCAGGAAGAAGAGAAGAGAGAAAAGUUCCUGGCGAGAAACCGGGCGGCGGCAGGGAAAUGCCGAGUAAAAAGGAAAACGUGGAUGACUGACCUGGAGGACACGAAAAUGGAACUCGAAGAGCACAACUCACGACUCCGACAACAGCGCAAUGAGCUCGCGAACGAACUCAACCAGACGCGAGCCAUAUUGAUGGUACAUGCUAACUGCAGCGAUUCCAGGAUCGACAAGUGGAUCGAGAACGAGGCGAAACGCUAUGUUCUGGGAGCCGGCGAGCAGUACGACUCCUUGCUGGCAAACUUCGGCAUGGCACUAGCCGCCGUGCCCAGAAAUGACAGCCUGUCGUCCAUGUCAGAAUAUACCACUGCGACAAACGAACUGAUGAGCCCAACACAGCGGGGAAGUUUCUCCAUGCCACGAAGCAUGAGCCCGAGGCAGAUACACAGGGGUAGUGUCUCGUUGCCUCCGGGUAUGGGUAUGCCCGAUUCGCCCGUGUUCUAUCGACCACAAAGCUCGCAUGAUCCCAACGUAAGGCCGAUGCCCACAGCCGGCCCCUCGUAUCUCAUAUCUCCUCCAACCCAACCCGAAGAUCCAAAUAGCUUGAAUAGCUUCAGCAAAUUUCCAGGCAGCAUGAUAUGA